UAAGGACAUGUACACAGGGAGGAUGUAAUUCUACGUAAGAAGGUGCCUAAAGAACGGAUUAUAUGAAAGAAACUACGAUAACAAAAUAGCGUUGGACUGAAAUAGACACACAAUGGACAAAAGACACAAGGAAGGCGAGACAUCAGCAGUUAUGGAGAAGUUUGAAAUCAAGAUUGAACGCCCAAAGCCAAAUCCUCUCGAUGAAAUUAUUGAACUUUUAAAGAAGAUACUUGAUUGUUGUUUAUGUUGUGUGACCUGUGGCUGUUACCCUGGCAACACAUCAAGCAGAAGGUCAAGUACGUUCAAUGGAGACUCGGAGUUCAGUUCAGUAUUGAUGGACAAUGAAAGACAAGCUGUGCAAAAUCUGUUACUAUAUUUAGAAGAUGAGGAUACAAAGAAUCCUGUACUAGAUGAGAACCAUAUACGUGCUCUUGGCAUUCUUACAUUCUCAGACAACACGGAACUUCAGAAGUCAGCUGCUCUGUGUUACUCGGAAAUAAGUGAUAAAAUGAAAGUCCCAAUAACAAAUGCCCUAGCUGCACCUUUGGUUGCUCUGUUGAAGUCAUCAGAUGCCGAGGUCCUGAAAGCCACAACUGUUGCAAUCAGCAACUUUACACUCAACGGACCUGCAAUAAACAGACUGAUUCUGGUGGACUCUGGAGCCCUGAAGUUGUUAGUACCUCUCCUAUACAGUGAUGUGGUCGAGGUACAAUGUAAUGCCUGUGGCUGUAUAACUACACUGGCUACCACAGAUGCCAGUAAAAGACUGAUAGCCACAGAAAAUGGAAUUCCAGCUUUGUUACUUCUCCUACAGUCUACAGAUCUCAGAGUACAACGAAACGCAGCAGGAUCUCUUCUUAACCUUACUCAUAUACAACAAAACCGCAAUGAUCUAGUCAACGAUGGUGCAAUUCCAAUUCUAAUCCAGGUGUUACAGAGCACCAGCGAUAAUGAUCUUCAGUAUUAUUGUAGUGCCGCACUCAGUAAUUUAGCAAUUAAUGAAAAACAUCGGGCCAUGAUGGUUGCCGUUGGGUGUCAUGAUGUCAUUGAACAAAUGAUACGUUUACUAAUGACGAAAUCUGAAAGGGUGAAGUGCCAGGCUUGCUUCGUUUUACGAAAUUUGGCUUCAGAUGUUGACAAUCAGAGUUUGAUAGUGCAAUAUAAGGCGUUACCUGCCUUACACAGAUGUAUAAAACAUUCAAAAAGGGACACCAAGUCUGCCGCAAUGGCAUGUAUCAGAAAUCUCUCCAUUCACAAGGCUAAUGAGGGUCCAGUUUUAUCUACGGAGAUUUUGGGAGACAUGUUUGAUAUAUUAACAGACUCUUCAAUGCCAGAGGCACAAAGGCAUGCUGCAGGGACCAUUCGUAAUCUUUCAGUAGGAGAGCAUAUAAGGGAGCUUGCAGACCAUGGUUGUGUAGAGAAGCUUGCAGCAGUUUUGCUGGACAUUGAAGCUCGUAUAGCAGUUCUUGCUGAAGUUACAGCAGCAAUAGCAGUCAUGGCUGAUGAUGAUCAGGUAAAACAUAGGUUGUUACUGAUGCAUCAUGGGAAGGUGUUUGUAAAAUUGGUAACCAUGGCAACACUUUCAACAAAUACUGAAGUGCAAUAUAACAGUGCAGGUAUUCUUGGGCAGUUAGCAUUAACAGAAAUUCCAUCCCAACUGAAAACUGACAACCUCCAGGGUAUACUUCUAUAUAUCGACAAGUUUCUGAAGUGUGAAGAUUCCAACUUUGUUCAUAUAGCUCUAUGGACUUUAGUGCAGUUGCUAAAAGAUCCACUAUUUUUACAAGCUUUCAGAGAUCAUGAGAUUGAGCCCAUUGUAAACAAGUUGACUGGUUUAGACAGUCCAGCCACAGUCCAGGAACUUGCUUCCAAAGUAUUGAUGAAGUUAAGGGGAGAAUCUGACUCAAGCAACACAUCCAGCAGUGAAUGAAUCAAGUGAAGCUACUUAAAAAAAGUCUGUUAUGCAGUCUGUGUAUAGUAAAUCCAUUUACAUUUUAGGUCUGGGAUUUUUCAGGACUAGUCCUGGUUUCAGGUUUUCGGCUGCCUGAAUUUCCUAAUUUAAUUUAAUAAGAAACAGAAAAUUUCAGGCUUAAAAAUGUACAUUUUCAGGCCUUUUGCUUUUCGAUUGAAUGCCAGGCCUGACAUUAUGUGUAGUAAAUCCCUAUACAUGUGUAGUAAAUCCCUAUACAUCUGUAGUAAAUCGCUAUACAUAUGUAAGCAUCUACUAAAUAUUGUAGGAGUGGUACACUACACAUGGGUGUAAAUGAUUUCAAAUUGUAAAAUUAGUUGUUGCAAAUGAUUUACUUUGAAGUCACUUAAUUUUGUAGGCAAAAUAUUUGUAGUUUUGGCUUAAAUGGCUAUUUUAUAGGGUGUUAAAUUUGAGGAUGUCCAAAUUAAAAGAUUUAUUUUAUAGAACUUUUGGGGAUGUCCAAAUUAAAAGAUUGAUUAUACAGGACUUGUCUGUGCGAACCACAGUUAACUUCAUAAAAAAUAGUCCAUAAUGGAAAUUAACAAUUCUACAGAAUAAACAUGGGUGUCUAAACUUGGUUAAGAUUGGCUAUCUUUAAUGAUGAUAGGCAUUUAUUGAAGUGAAUAUUAAAAAUUCAUUCAAUUACAUAUGGAAAUGUUAAUCUUUCUGUCAGUAACACUUAUAUAACAGGGUAUUGUCACAUCAGUCGAAAACAUUUAUUUUUAUCCACUUGUGUUGCAACGAUGAAAUGUAUAUAUUAUGUAAAAAAUUAAACAGGACAAGAUUGAAUAUUAUGAUGAUAUUGCACCUGAUCUUAUUUCACAAGUUACGUUAGUUAUUUUAUUUAUCCCCCCGCCAAAGGCGAAUGGGAUAUUAGAAAUGCUCUCCGUGCGUGCGUGCGUCAGUCCGUCCGCAACGAUCUUUGUCCGGAGCAUUACUCCAAAAGUACUGGAGGGAUUUACUUCAAACUUCAUACACUGAUAGAACACAUUGGCAGGAAGUGCAGUGUGCAAGAACAAUAACUCUACCUUGCCUAUUUUUUGAGUUAUUCCCCUUUAUCAUAUUUUCAAAAAACAUUUUGUCCAGAGCAUAACUCCAAAAGUACUGGAGGGAUUUUCUUCAAACUUCAUACACUGAUAGAACACAUUGGGGGGAAGUGCAGUAUGCAAGAACAAUAACUCUACCUUGCCUAUUUUUUGAGUUAUUCCCCUUUAUCAUAUUUUCUUAAAACAUUUUGUCCGGAGCAUAACCCCAAAAGUAUUGGAGGGAUUUUCUUCAAACUUCAUACACUGAUAGAACACAUUGGGAGGAAGUUCAGUGUGCAAGAACAAUAACUCUUCCUUGCCUAUUUUUUGAGUUAUUCCCCUUUAUCAUAUUUUCAUAAAAAAAUUUGUCCAGAGCAUAACUCCAAAAGAACUGGAGGGAUUUUCUUCAAACUUCAUACACUGAUAGAACACAUUGGGAGGAAGUGCAGUAUGCAAGAACAAUAACUCUACCUUGCCUAUUUUUUGAGUAAUUCCCCUUUAUCAUAUUUUAUUAAAACAUUUUGUCCGGAGCAUAACCCCAAAAGUAUUUGAGGGAUUUUCUUCAAACUUCAUACACUGAUAGAACACAUUGGGAGGAAAAUCAGUAUGCAAGAACAAUAACUCUACCUUGCCUAUUUUUUGAGUUAUUCCCCUUUAUCAUAUUUUCUUAAAAAAAUUUGUCCGGAGCAUAUCUUCUUCAUGCAUGGAGGGAUUUUGAUAUAUCUUGGCACAAAUGUUUACCACCAUGAGGCGGAGUGUGUGCGCAAGAACCAGGUCCCUAGGUCUAACGUCAAGGUCACACUUAGAGGUCAAAGGAUACAAGAAUAAAAACCUUGUCCGGAGCAUUUCUUCUUCUUGCAUAGAGGGAUUUUGAUAUAACUUGGCACAAAUGUUCACCACCACGAGACGGAGUGUCAUGCGCAAGAUCCAGGUCACUAGGCCUAAGGUCAAGGUCAAAGGUCAGAUACAAGAAUGACUUUGUCCGAAGCAUUUCUUCUUCAUGCAUGGAGGGAUUUUGAUGUAACUUGGCACAAUUAUACACCAUCAUGAGACGAAGUGUCAUGCGCAGUUCCCUUCUUUAGAAUUACUUCCCUUUGUUGUUACUUUAAAUAGCUUUUAUUGUAACUUUUUCAUUUCUAGUCGUAGGGAAAAAUCGAGACCACUUCUCUGUAGUACAACAAGCAUGCUAAAUCCAAUUUUGAGGUGUAUUUUGACCAAUCUCUACCUGAUAAAGAUUUUUAUGUGGACUUGCAAUUUUUUUUUUUUUUUUUAAAAGAUUAACUUCCUUUAGUUGUUACUAUAAAAAACAUUAAUACUUUCAGACACUAACUUGCCAGGAACUUUAGCCUUCAAUUAUAAUAUGCCCGGCGGGGGAAUUAGCCAUGUCUAACAUGGCUCUUGUUUUGAAUAAUAGAAUCUAGUGCCAAUGUCUUCAUCAAGGGAAAUAUUUUUCAUCAGUUUCAAUUUCUUUGUACCAUGUGUUACAAAUAUGCAUCAUGUCUUACUCUUUAAUCAGUUAUGCACAAAAAAAUUAUUAAGAUUAUGGCAGGCAAACCAAUAUUGCGCUGUGAAUGUUUCCAGCUUGGCCUGAUCUGUAGGAUUAUCAUACAAUAAAUUGUUUUAUGCAGUAUGUUGAUAUUACUAUACAUAAAAAUUUAUUUUAUAAUUAUUUGCCAGUACAAUGUACUUAAUUUACAGUAGCAGUUGUGAUUAUGUGUAAACAAGGGCUGUGUAGAAUCGUUAAUUGCCAGUAAUUACGUAUUUAUAACAGUAACUAAAGGAAAGCUAAUUUUUUCUUCUUUUCAGCAAGGUCUUUCAGAAAUAGAAUGGUCUAGUAAUAGUCUUGAUACAGAGAAGUAAUCUGUUUCGCCUGAUCAUGUGACUGCAUACAAGCAUCCACUAUUUUUCAAAAUGAGAGAAUUUUGUUCUGAAGUUAUGAACAGCUAUUUUGUAAAAUGUCUUAAUGAAAAAGAGGAAAAGAAUUAAUAGUUCUUUUGUUUUACAAAAAAAAAAUGUCUCCAUUUAAGAUGUAAAAGUCCUGUCAAAAUAAAUUAACCACAACCAGACAUUGUUAGUAUGGCUGCUGCUGCUAGGCUGCAAAGUUUUCGCAAGUGAUAAUGGCCCUAGUUUUUACAAUGAAAUGAUAUUACUACCAAAUAAAUACUUUUAAAGUCUCAAUAAACACAACCUAUUCUUGAGUAUUUUGUUUUUCUUAUUUUGUUUAAAAAUGAAUAUUUAUAUAGAACUACUUUUGCAAAAUGGCUCAUUUCUUGACUUAUUAUUCCAUUAAGUAGUGUCUUCCUUAGAGAUGAAAUUAGAGGGAUAGUUAAGGAUUUUAUGAAAGAGUUUCUAGACCAUUCUAUUUUGGAAAUAUCCUGCUUUUAACGACCCCAAAAAAUACAAAAUUAUUUUUUGCAGUGCUUCCAUUAUUUGAAUGUUUUAACAACUUUUGUUAGAAGAAUACUAUUUCACAUUUAGCAGGUGUUAUGUACAACACCUAUGAAAUAUGUGUGCUUCCUGAAGUUAUAUUCUUUGGUUGAGACAAAAAAAAUCAUCAGGGUUGUCACUUUCCUUGAAAAGUCAGGAAACAUUUUUUUUCAAGGUCAAUGAAUUGUCACAGAAAUCUUGAUAAUGGUCAGUGAAAAAUGAAAUUUUAGAAAAGUCAGGGGAAAAUUAAAUUUCGGGUUGAUGUUUAAAAUGUUCAGUGGCUAUGGAAGUCUUCAAGCAGUAUUUAUAAGUAUUUCCAAACACUGUUUAAAAUGUUCAGUGGCUAUGGAAGUCUUCAAGCAGUAUUUAUAAGUAUUUCCAAACACAUUUUUGUGUAAUUGUGUAUUAACAUUAUUAAUUUAAAUAUGUUUAAAUCAUUUUCGUUUUAUGUUAACUUUAGAAUUUGGAAGAUAUCUGAAACAAAAUAAAUGUAAAAGAGUGGAUUGGAUGGCUGUAGGGGAGGAGGAGGCCGAAAAAAAUAUGGUUGUAAUGGUCAGUGAAAAAUAUGGUUUAGUUGGGGAAAAGUCAGGGAAUUUUAUUUUCUCAACUAAGUGGCAACCCUGAUCAUGGUUUUGUUCAAACACAUCACAGUGUACAUUUAUUUGUAAUUUUUUAGGUGUUAUAUUUUGUGCAUUGGUACAGUUUCUGUUUUACUUAUCUUAUUUUACAUGUUCUUAUUUUAUUUUGAUAAGUACUUUUUUACCUUUUUUAUCUGGAGAUCUGUGUGAGAUAAUACUUGAGGAAUUUAGCCAUUAUUCAGAAACUUCAUGAUCUGUAUCAUUUAAUGCUAUCCAUGUUAAAUUAUAGAUAUAUAUAUCUAUCUAUCAUUGUCAUUCUCUCAUUAUACCUAAUUUACAGAGUAAUGUUACAGUCAAAUUUUUUUUUUCACUCAAACUUGAUAGGAAAGGCAAAAUUAAUUUGAGUUAUAGUAGUUAAAGCCAUUCCACAAUAUACACUAUACAGGAACUUUGCUGAGUUCAAGAGAACGAAGUUUGACCGACAUCAUUUCAUACUCUGGUCGAGAGUUCAAGAUAUUGGUGUUUGAGUUUCCUUGGGUCUAAAAAUAUAUGUACAUUAUAUAGGCAUCAGAUGAUUUGUUCAAGCAAAUUGUAUAACUUGUUUUUUUGUCAGUUCAAAAAGAAAAUCACGACAAACCAUAUUAUGAAUGUGAUGGAUCAAACAUUAAACAGAUGUUGCCCCAACAUAAUUAGCACCUUUUAUUCUCCAGUGACAAUGAACUUGAAUUUGUCUUUCAACCAUAUUAUAUAUUUAUUUCCCACACAUAAUAACGUCCUUUUAUUUGCCUGUAAAUCUCAUUGAACAUGAACAGUUCUGCAUAAAAUGCAUUAUAGUGUAUAUAUUAGCCUAUACAUUACGUACCAUAAAUCAUUUACAUUCAGCACUCUAGUCUCUAUGAACAAAGAUGUAUGAAAUAAACUGAUCAAAAAUGUAAUGGUGGCAGAGGCAGUCAUAAUACAUGUAUCAUGGUUCCCUAUUGAAAAGCCCUAUCAUGAGAAUAUAAUAUGCUUAUACAAUGGAUUGAGAGUGUCUUGUCCAUUGUUAUUUAGGAUGGAGAGAGUAUUUAAACUUUUAUGGUUGAUUGAGAAUUUUUUAUCCAUUUUUAGGUCGACUAUUCAAAGAAUAGGGGAGCUAUCCUACUUGCCCAGGCGUCGGCGUGAGCAUUAGGGUUAAGGUUAGCAUGAGCGUCACACAAAUGUUAAAGUUUGCGUACCACCCCAAAUAUUUUCAAAGUACAUUGAGAUAUUGCUUUCAUAUUUUGCAUACUUGUUUACCAUCAUGACCCCAGUCUGUAAAAAGGAGGAGGCAACUCUAUCAAGCAUUUUGACUGAAUUAUGGCCCUUUUUUGACUUAGAAUAUGCUUAUUGUAAUGUUAUAGUUUUACUCAUAGCUUAUAUUAUACUAUCAAGCACUGAGAAUAGUCAAGCGCGCUGUCCACUGACAGCUCUUGUUGUUUAGAAUCAUGAAAAGAUUUUUGCUUUUGCAAUGGAUUUAAUCAGAUAGUUUCUUCUCCUAAUCCUAUUUAGGAGCUUCAGAGUUUGUGCAAGACAUGCGUAAUUUCCAGUAUGAAAUCCACAUUAAGUUGUAUAUUUGGAGGAAGGGGACAGUACAUGUGUACCUGUGGAAAGUCCACAUGUACCUGUAGUUACAAAUCGUAUUUACAUACCAGUGUCUUCAACCAAAUAUAGAUCAUUAACAUCAAAAAUAUUAAAUCUACAUUCAGAAAUUUGUUUCCUCCUGAUAUAGAAGUUUUACUUUGAAUAAAAAGUUUUUCAACAUGAAUAGCUUGGGAAAUUCCGUGUGUCGUUAAAAUUAUUAAUUUUAUUGGACAGACAUGAAAUUUCUUGAUUUUUUGUGCGAAUAUGAAUCUAAUUGAAAUGAACUAUAUGGGAAUGUUGUUUGUUUAUUUGUAUUUAAUUUUGUGGUUUGACUUGGCCACAAAAUCCACAAGAAUUUUAAACAGGAAGUAGGUGUGGUAAUUCCUUAGGGGUUUUAUUUUGCACUUAAAUAACCAGGUUUUAUUGACCACAAACAGCUUGGAGAAUUCCUCAGUGAUUUUUGGAACUGUUUUGUAAUGUUGUUACAAGAAUUUUGGAAUAGAUUUUCAGUAGUAGUUGGGAAGUUCUGUUGCAAGAAAUAUAGAACACAGUUUUUCUGGAGUAUUAAUUUGGGAUUUUUUAUUUAUAAAAUGUUUUGAUUUGAUUUUAUGUACAUUUGGUAUUGAAUUUUUCAGGGUAUUUUUUUAACAAUAAUUUAGGUAGAUCAGUGGAACGGAUGAGCACUUUUUAUGCCCCCGAAGGGAGGCAUAUUAGUUUUCAGCUGUCCGUCCGUCCGUUAGUUAGUUAGUUAGUUCAUCACAAUGUUAACUUUUUGCAUGAAGGCACUUUACUCGCGAACCACUGCACCCAGGACCUUCAAACUUCACAUGCUGAUAGUACUUAUUGAGUACACCACCCCUACUGACUUUGGGGCCACCAGGUCAAAGGUCAAGGUCACAGGGGCCAACGUUAACUUUUUGCAUGAAGGCACUUUACUCGCAAACCACUUCACCCAGGACCUUCAAACUUCACAUGCUGAUAGUACUUAUUGAGUACACCACCCCUACUGACCUUGGGGUCACCAGGUCAAAGGUCAAUGUCACGGGCGAACGUUAACUUUUUGCAUGAAGGCACUUUACUCGCGAACCACUGCACCCAGGACCUUCAAACUUCACAUGCUGAUAGUUCUUAUAGAGUACACCACCCCUACUGACUUUGGGGUCACCAGGUCAAAGGUCAAGGUCACAGGGGCCAACGUUAACUUUUUGCAUGAAGGCACUUUACUCGCGAACCACUGCACCCAGGACCUUCAAACUUCACCUGCUGAUAGUACAUAUUGAGUACACCACUCCUACUGACCUUGGGGUCAACAGGUCAAAGGUCAAUGUCACAGGGGCCAACAUUAACUUUUUGCAUAAUGGCACUUUACUCGCGAACCACUUCACCCAGGACCUUCAAACUUUAACUGCUGCUAGCACUUUAUGAGUACACCAACCCUACUGAAAUUGGGGUCACCAGGUCAAAGGUCAAGGUCUCAGGGGCCAAUGUUAACCUUUUGCAUGAAGGCACUUUACAUGUGAACCACUGCACCCAGGACCUUCAAACUUCACAUGCUGAUAGUACUUAUUGAGCACACCACCCCUACUGACUUUGGGGUCACCAGGUCAAAGGUCAAGGUGCUGUGGGGGCAUUUGUCACCAUUAGUGACAGCUCUUGGUUUCUUUUUUUUAGGUAAGAGUGGGUAAGUUUAAAUACCUUCGAUAGGAAGGUUGAAUAUAGUUUUAAAAGAUUUGACUGAUGAUAAACCCAUUUAGACUUGAACCAGAAAAAGGUGUGAUUUCACUGUUUAUUUUAAGCAUUUAUUCAGCAAUGGAUCUCAGUUCUGGUUAGGAUGAGAAAUCAGGCAGAUAAACUGGACACAAAUAUAAACUGCACACUACAUAAUUUUCAAAACUCUUUGCAAAGCUUUAUUUGAUACACUUCUGGGGCAGGGCCUCAUUUGACACACUUUUCAAGACAUCAUUUUCAAAUCUUUGUAGGGCCACAUUUGAUACUCUUUGUAAGACCUCAUUUUAUUCUCUGUAGGGCCUCAUUUGAUCUAUCAUUGUAGGACUUAUUUGAUAGGCUUUGCAGAACCUAAAUUAAACUAAUGUAGAAAACAGCUUUUCUGGAGUUGUAUUGAAAAUCUCAGACCUGUUCCCUGCAGAUUUGCUAUUUGUCAUGUCACUUUAAUAUUGUGAUUUCAUGUUCAUAAGCAUUCAGAUCUCAUAGUUUGUUCUUUUUGUUAAGAAAUAAUGAUGAUUGAUAGUUUAACCUAUAGCCUGCUGGUGGCAAGUGAUUCUGCCUUUAGGACAUGCAGGCUGAUCAUGCUGUUCAGUCAGUAAAUUUUUGGAUGAUAAAUGGUUCAGCCCAAAUUGAAAGGUAGACCAGUCCAUUUUAGAAAUUUAGCAGGGUAAAGGUUUUGACUAUUUUAAAUAUGGGUGUUGUAUUGUUGGUGAAUAUUACCAAAUAUGGUACCGUAGUUAACCUUUACCCUGCUAAAUUUCUAUAAUGAACUUGUCCAUCUUUCAAUUUAGAGAGUGCCAUUAACUGUUAAAAUGGGCACUGUCUGAAUAGUGAACAGUGCAGAUCAUGAUCAGUUUGCACGGACGUGCAGGCUGGUCUUGGUCUGCACUGGUCGCAAAGGCAGAAUCUUUUGCCGCCAGCAGGCUAAGGGUUAAUUAUUUUAAAAUUUACUGUAAACAAAAUAUCUCCAAAAUAUGGUUGUCCAAUGUCUGGUUUUACAUUCCUUACAUAAUAGAAAUAAAGGUUGUAUACAUUCCAUUUCAGAUUCUACACUUAGUCUUAUGAUAUCUUACUACUGAAUUUGUGUAUGGGCUUUUUUGCAUAUUUUGUACUUGAUACUUUGAUAAAAACCUUUUGCUGUUGUUGUCGUCAGUCAUUUUCUAAGCAUUUAUUCCAUAUCACCAUCAAAGGUGAAUGCAUCCAUUCCAUGAUUGUAUUUAUUUGUGAUAUUUGUAUUUUAUUUUUAAUGACUCAUAUUUACGCAGUGCCAGUUUAAUGUACACAGGUAAGGCCUAAAAAAAAAAUUCUUUGUUUCCGGUAACAUGCUAAAAAAAUUAGGGUAGGUAGGUCGGAAUUUUUUUUUUUUUUAAUUUUUUUUUAUUGACUUUUCGGAAAUUAUUUUUGUGUCAAAAAAUGAAUACAAAUUAGUGGGUUAUGCCUUUAGAGCAUUAGUAAGUUGAUUUCUAACAUCACUGGCCAUGUUUAAAGCAUAAAAAGUGCAGUUUUGCUACUUUUUAUUAAAAGUUGAAAAAAAUAUUCUCCAAGACUAUAAAAACAUUUAGGGUCGGGCCAAAAAUUUAGGGUCGGGCCAAAAAUUUAGGGUAGGUCGGGAUACUGGAAACAAACAAUUUAUUUUUUUUUACGCCUAAUGUAUUCACAACUUUCUUUUUUAUUAAGAUUCGAAAUUACUGUAAUUAUUGUUAAGUUUUCAAACAUCAGUAUAUUGACACAAAACUAGAAUCAUUAUUCAGGUAAAAAAAAACUGAUAUGCAAGUCACAACAUUUGCAAGAAACAUGAAUAUGCAGAUCAUUACCUUAGCUUGGUAGAUAUGGAGGUCAUGACCUUUAUUUGAAAUGUGGAUAUGGAGGUCAUGACCUUUGCUUAAAGUAUUGAUAUUGAGGUCAUGAGCUUUGUUUGAAGUAUGGAUAUGGAGUCAUAACCUUUACUUUUAAGUAGUUCUACGUGUGAAGUAAUGGUGUAAGGUCGUUUAUUUGAAUAACAGCCUGGACUCUGAAUACGGAAAUGAAAAUCUGUGAGUAAAUUUAUUAAAACAACAAUGUUUUAUCUGUUUAAAGAUAAAAUACGGUGUUAAAACAUGAUACAUUAAAAAAGUCCAAAUAAUGUUUUGAAAUCAGCUUGAAAUGUGAAUAUCUCUUCAAUCAUGGGCAUAGAUUUCAAGAAACAAGCACAUGGACAUAAAAAUUAUACAUUUUAUUUUACCAUAUUAUAGAACCUAUGUUGAUUUAUACCUGUGAGAAGUUUCAUUAAAAUCAAGACUUAGUGUAGAAAAAAAUUCUAUUUGCAAAAAUGAUAUCAAAAUUGUGAUUUUCCCAUGGACUUCCAUUAUGAAAAUUUGUUUAAAGUUCAAAUUUUUUCAAGUCAGUGUAGCAAACAAUCGGGCACACAAGCCUAUAUUUAUUACUUGCUGAAAUUUCAUAGUACUUUCUGAUUUUUUGAGAAAUUUGGAUUUAAUAAAAUUCUACAAUAUAGAAAAAUCUUCGAUCUGAACAUGCAGAACUGCCUUAGGUAUUGCUUUGGAGGUCAUGACCUUUGCAUGAGAUAUGGAUGAUUUUACCUUGCUUGUGUAAGCCAUGAUCUUUGCUUGAAGUAUGGACAUGUUUAAAAUAUGAAUAUAAGGGUUAUGACCUUUGUUUUAAAUAAGGAAACUUAAUACAACAUGUUGAUAUUUUAUAACCACACCUAGUAUUUAUUUGUGAAUUCUGAAAUGUACAAUGAAUAUUUAUGUUGAACAGAAUUAAUCAUUUUAUGCAAAACAAAAUUUCAGGUAUGAAUUUGGUUAGUGCAAUGUAUUUACAUAUAGAUGUUCAGUUAAUGUAGUCAUCAUAGUUAUGUUGUGAUAAAAUGUCAUGUUUUGUAUGAAAUAAAGGAUAUCACAGAUGUCA